AUUUGGAAAUAGUUAGCGGUUUAGUUUUUUUUAUACAUAGCUGUAGAGUUGUGACCACCAGUAUUAUUAGCCUGUAACAUCUCUCUCUCUCUCUCUCUUUCUGUAUAUUUAUAUAUAUAAAUAUAUUACAUAGCAAAGGGCUUAUUUACUACUUUCUUAAUAAUCUGAUAGUCAUAGCAACUUAUCCAAGAAAAGAAUUAUGGCCAUGGAAACGAAACCUCACGCAGUAUUCAUUCCAUAUCCAGCACAAGGCCACAUAACACCUCUUAUGAAACUAGCCAAGCUUCUACACCAAAAAGGCUUUCACAUAACAUUUGUCAACAACCACUUCAACCACAACCGUCUCCUCAAAUCAAGAGGCCCUAACUCUCUCGAUGGCUUGCCCGGUUUUCGAUUCGAAUCCAUCCCGGACGGCAUUCCUCCGACCGAUAACAAAGCCGAUGCUACCCAAGACAUCCCCGCCCUAUGCGAGUCCACCGAGAAGAAUUGCCUAGAACCCUUUAGAAAACUUCUCCUCAAGCUAAACGACACUACCUCUGUUGAUCCACCAGUGAGUUGUGUCGUUUCGGAUGCUGCUAUGUCGUUUACAGUUAAAGCUGGUGAUGAGUUUGGAAUACCUGUUGCUUUGUUUUGGACUAUCAGUGCUUGUGGCUUGUUGGGGUAUACACAGUAUGAGAAUCUUGUCAAUAAAGGGUUUACUCCAUUUAAAGAUGAGAGCUCUUUCACAAAUGGGUAUAUGGAUACAUUGAUAGAUUGGAUACCAGCAAUUAAUGAUAUCAGACUAAAAGAUCUUCCAAGCUUCAUACGCACAACAAAUCCUAAUGAAUUUAUGGUAAAAUACAUUAUAAGAUUGAUUAAAGCAACUUCCACAGGAACUGCUCUUAUCUUAAACACUUUUGACUCAUUAGAGCACAAUGUCUUGGAAGCUCUUUCUUCCAUCUUCACAUGUCCAAUUUACACAAUUGGCCCUCUCCAUCUUCUUGUCAAAAAGACUCAACCAAAAACUUUAUCUUCCAUUGCCUCUAAUCUAUGGAUAGAAGAGUUUGAAUGCCUCCAAUGGUUGGAUUCAAAGGACUCCAAAUCAGUGGUUUAUGUCAACUUUGGUAGCAUUACAGCCAUGUCCUCUGAACAACUUAUUGAGUUCGCUUGGGGUUUGGCCAAUAGUAAAAAACCCUUUGUUUGGAUAAUAAGGCCGGACCUAGUCGAAGGCGACUCGGCCGUUUUGCCUUCCGAGUUCGUGGAAGAAACAAGAGAGAGAAGUUUGAUUUCUAAUUGGUGUCCACAAGAGGAGGUUAUGAACCACCCCGCGAUUGGUGGUUUCUUAACACAUUGUGGUUGGAACUCGACGCUGGAAAGCUUGAGCGCGGGAGUUCCAACAAUUUGUUGGCCUUUUUUCGCCGAGCAACAAACUAAUUGUAAGUUUUUGUGUGAUGUUUGGGGGAGUGGAAUGGAAAUUAAUGCCAAUGUUCAAAGAGAUGAUGUGGAAAAGCUUGUGAGAGAGUUGAUGGAUGGGGAAAAAGGACAUGAAAUGAGAAACAAAGCCAUGGAGUGGAAGAAAAAGGCACAUGAAGCAACUGAGCUUGGUGGGUCUUCUUUGGUGAAUUUGGAUAAUAUCAUCAAAGAGGUUUUGGUGCCAUCAUUGAAACCAUAAUAAAAUUUGGUGUGUGUAAGAUUCUCUUGUUUGGACUAAAGUUGCUAUCUUCUUUCAUAAUUUAUUUUGAUGAAUUAAAAAUAAUCUCUCCAAACUAUGAUUAUUGUUUUGUUUUGUUGGAUGAGCUCUAAACUAUAAAAACUAUUAUCAAUGUGUCCUUUCAGUUACAUUCGGUUAA